AUGGGUUUGCGUGGAAUACUAUUGCAACAACAGCUACCGCUUGCGGCCAUAAUUUUAGCAGCAAUAGCAGCAGCAACUGCAGCAUCGGAACCCAAUUCAAGCUGCAUCAGAAGAUGUGGAUCGCUUCAAAUCCCCUACCCAUUUGGAACAAGCGAGGAGUGUUGCCUUGAUCGAUCUUUUCUCAUCACUUGUAACAACUCAACACCAUUUCUGGGCGGCAGUAACGAAUUAAAGGUCCUAGACGUAUCAAUGGAUGGUGAAAUGCGAGUCUCAAGCCAAAUAGCCCGUGAUUGCCCCAACGAGCCGGGCAAUAACGCCAGCGAAAGCGCUUACGGGUUCUCAUUACUAGACCACUUUCUCAUCUCACCUACGAAGAACAAGUUCACUGCAGUCGGUUGCAACACUGUUGCCGUUAUUGUUGGUAUAAUAGUGGGAGACGAGAAUUACACGACUGGAUGCUUGUCGCUCUGUAACAGUAUUGAGAGUGUUGGCAACGGAUCUUGCGAUGGAAUUGGCUGUUGCCAGAUUUCUAUUCCACAAGGAAUGAGUCUUUUUGGUCUGGCUGUUAGCAGCUGGUACAAUGACUCCACAGUAGCCGACUUCAAUCCAUGUAGUUUCGGUUUUGUGUCGGAAGACGAAGCAUACAACUUUUCCUCCUUGGAUCUUAUGAAUUUACAGAACAGAGAGACUGUUCCUGUGGUGCUUGAUUGGACAGUUGGGAAUGAGACAUGCACAGAUGCUAAGACAAAUUUGACAAGCUAUGGAUGUAAGGCAAACCAGAGUGAAUGUUACAAUUCCAUCAACGGCCCUGGAUAUUUUUGCAAUUGCUCCUCAGGCUUUGAAGGGAACCCAUACCUCCAUGAUGGUUGUCAAGAUAUUAAUGAGUGCGAAAUUUCAAAGCCCUGCAAUAUGACAUGCACCAACAUUCCGGGCAGUUAUAAAUGUGGUUGUUCCAAGGGGUACGAAGGUGAUGGGAUGAAACACGGAACAGGGUGUCGUCCUAUCGUCAGCAAUUCUAGGAGAAUAGCUAUUGAACUGGAAUACCAUCUUUAG